GAGAGUGGGUUUACAUCGUCUUUAAACCGGGACAAAAACCUAUCAUCGGCGUGUCCAUAUAGCUUCCUUUUCUUAUUAUGAAAAAUUCCCCUUCCCCGUCGGACGAGAUGUUGAAGGUCAAGAUCCUCCACCGUUACGACAUCUCGCCGCCGCCGGACUCAGUCCCGGCAACCACUCUCCCUCUCCCCUUCUUGGACAUCCCGUGGCUUCUCUGCUGCCCCAUGCAACGCCUCUUCUUCUACGACUUCCCUGAAUCCCCUUCCUCUUUCGCUCAGACCACACUCCCGCUCCUGGUCCGCUCUCUCUCCCUCUGUCUCCGCCACUUCUUCCCCUUCGCCGCCCGCCUCGUCCUCCCUCUGGCGCCGCCCCAGAAACCCCACAUCCUCUACUCCGAUGGCGACUCCCUCUCCUUGACCGUCGCCGAGUCCGCCGCCAAUUUCGCGGAGCUCAUCAGUGACGAGCCGCGCGGCGCCACGCUGAUACACCCUCUGGUGCCUCAGCUCGCGCCGCCGUGUGCAUCCGACGGGGCACGGAUUGGGCCCGUUAUGGCGAUUCAGGUGACUCUGUUUCCAAACAAGGGCAUUUGUAUUGGGGUUCAAUUCCUCCACGUGGUAGCAGAUGGGAGUUCCUUCACUCACUUCAUGAAAUCGUGGGCGUCCAUUCACAAGUCCGGAGGGGACCCCACUUGCAUCGACUCGGAUGACCCGAGUCCCUUUCACGACCGAGGAGUGAUCAAAGACCCGAAUGGGCUCGAGCCUAUACUUUUGAAAGACUGGUGGAGUUUUGUGUGCCCAAGCCCGAGCUCGAGCCCAAGCCCGAGCCCGAGCCCAACUCCUCCCACUGUUGCGGACAAGGUGAGGGCAACAUUUGUUCUUCGAAAAGCUCACAUUGACAUGCUAAAAGCGCAGAUCUUGAGCCAACUCAAGAAUGACGGCCUCGACUCAGAGUCGGAUCCAAUCCACUUGUCCACGUUUGUGGUGACGUGUGCAUUCAUAUGGGUAUGCAUCAUCAAAUCAAGAGACAAAGAGCACCAAUGUCAAGACCAAUUGUCAUCAGAGAGCGGGAAUGAUGAAUUUUGUUAUUUCGUCUUUGUCGCAGAUUGUAGGGAGCGACUGGGAUACUCCAUACCCUUGACAUACUUUGGGAACUGUCUGGACAUAUGCUUUAUCUCGGAGAAGAGAAGUUCACUCUUGGGCAAAAGUGGACUUCCCCUAGCAGCGAGGGCUAUAGGGAGGAGAGCCAAGGAAGUAGGGACGGGUGGAGCAUUGAGAGGGGCAAAGAGAUGGAUAGAGGACUUUAAAAUAGCUAACGAUGCGGACGUAGUCAUGGUGGCCGGGUCACCAAGACAGAAAGUGUACGACACGAACUUUGGGUGGGGAAGGUUGAGGAAGAGCCACAUGGUGCAUAUCGAUGUAUCAAGGGCGAUCUCUCUCGCAGAGAGCAAGGAUGGGGAUGGUGGCGUGGAGGUUGGGUUGGCAUUAACGAGGGUUAGCAUGGACCAUUUCAUUCCUUUGUUUGAAAAGGGACUGAAGUCAUUCAUGCCGCUUUAAAGACAUUGGUCCAUAUGAUGCCACGUCAAUUUUAAUUUAUUUAGUCCAAGAUGAGGAAAAUGAUACGAAUGAUUACUGAAUUUUCCUCUAAUUUGCUACCUUGUCUCUCAACCUUAAGCGUGUUCCAUGUGAUCUCUAAACUUUGGUCCAAUAUUAUUCUUAAAUUUUUAA